AUGCAAUACCUCAUAGAUAUGAUAAUAGAAGAGAAGGUAAAGCAACGGCCAAUUGUUCGAGCUCGGGAUACGCCAUCCUUGGGCAUUGCUCUCCUGUAUGGCUUCCAGCAAGUAAUGGUGUGCGUGUCAGCGUUACUUACGGUUCCUAUCCUUCUGGCAGAUGCUUUAUGUCCUGGAGCAGACAUUACAAAACUUCGCAAUGAAUUAAUUAGCUCCACAUUCGUUGGAAGUGGAAUAUCUACGAUAAUUCAAACAGUCUUCGGAAUGAGAUUGGCUCUUCUGCAAGGAACAGCUUUUGCUUAUCUGCCCUCAGUACAAGUGUUUAUGCAACACGAGUAUGGUUGUAACACUAAUAAUGAAUCUCUCAUUGUACAACCUGAAGAGUACUAUUCUAAACUUGCCUUGAUACAAGGAUGUUUAAUAGCUUCCUCGUUAGUUCCAAUUAUUAUUGGAGCAACUGGUUUAGUGGGAUUGCUUACCAAGCUUAUUUCUCCACUUACCGUUUCAACGCUUAUGCUUCUCUUGGCUUUCUCCCAAGUUGGAACUAUGGUUGAUAGAAUAGAAAAACAUUGGGUGGCAAUCAUACAGGCACUCACUUUGUUCGCAACAAUUUUAUACUUGGCGGAUGUUAAAGUUCCCUUACCAGGUAUACGUAACGGGAAGCUUCACUGGUAUAAAUAUAACUUGUUCGGAGAAUAUCCAUAUCUUAUUGCCAUUGUGAUUUCUUGGGCAUUCUGUGUGGUGUUAACAGUUUUCGACCUUGUUCCACCGGAUAGUGCUGCAAGAGUUGACAAAAACGUUUCAAUUUCGGUUAUACAUGAAUCCAGUUGGUUUGCUGUUCCUUAUCCUGGAAAGUUUGGAGCUCCUUCUUUCAAUGGAGCUCUGUUUGUUGCUUAUCUGUUAUCCGCCAUGACCAGUGUAUUUGAAUCCGUCGGAGAUUAUCAUCUGGCUGCAAAAGUUUCUGAAGAACGUGCUCCACCCAGUCAUGCUAUUAAUAGAGGAAUUAUGGCUGAAGGUCUUGGCUCAAUGGUUUCCGGUUUGCUCGGACCUGGCGUGGGAAUGACAACUCAUACUGAGAAUAUUGGAGUUAUUGGGGUUACUCGCGUAGCAUCAAGAUGGACUAUGGUCAUAGCUGGUCUUUUCUUGAUUAUUCUAGGCUUAUGUACCAAAGUUGGCGCUAUCCUCUCUACUAUUCCUGAUCCACUCGUUGGUGGUGUCUUAGCUUCCUCUAUGGCUAUGGUAGUUGGAGUAGCUGUGUCGAGCUUACAAUCUGUUGAUAUGUCUCUUUCUCGAAAUAUGGGAAUUUUCGGAUUUUCCAUGAUGUUUGGUAUGAUCGUUCCAACGUAUUUCACAAAACAUCCAGUUAACACAGGAGUUGACUGGAUUGACACGACCUUAUCUGUGUUCUUAACUUUGCAAAUGUUUGUAGGAGCUAUGUGUGCUUGUAUUUUGGACAAUACCAUCGGAGGGGCCUCUCGUGAGCAAAGAGGUUUGAGAUCGAGAGGACAGGUCUAUGAAGGAUCUCUACAUGACGAUACCUACAGUUACCCUCCGUUCGUUAUGAGAAUAUUAGAUAAGAUGAGUUGCAUUCAAUAUAUUCCAUUUAUGCCAAAGGAGAAGAAAGUCACCAAUAAGGUUGAUCCGUCAUUAGCUUUAACUAUCAACAUUGAUCCUAACACAAGGCUGUAA